AUAACAACGUAUGUAUUAUUUCGGGUAUAAAAGAUGAGAAUUACGGUGAUUAGCGCACUUUAACGCUGAGUUUAAUUGCCCAGUGAUCUGUUGCUCGAUGAUGAAGAUCUACAGGUUGAUAUACGCGUUCUGCUUGUUGCACAGCUGCCAUGGAUCCACAACAUCAUGGUGGUCGUCGACAACAACAGAACCAGACUCCACAGCACAAUCGACAAUUACACCAUCUACAACAUCGUGGUGGUCGACAACAACUUGGUGGUCAUCCACUGCCCAUUCUACACCAUCGUGGUGGUCAACAACAACUUGGUGGUCAUCCACAGCUCAAUCUACGCAAUCGUGGUGGUCGACAACAACUUGGUGGUCAUCCACCGCUCAAUCUACGCAAUCGUGGUGGUCGACAACAACUUGGUGGUCACCCACUGCUCAAGCCACAACAAACGAUAGCGGGGGAAUAACGUCAUCGUGGUGGUCGUCGACAAUAUAUGGGAGUCCCUCCGAAGAAAACCAAACAACAACCACGCCUUGGUGGGAGUUUACUACGACAAUAGCAUGGUCAUGGAUAACAACAAAAACAACGAGUUGGUGGUCAUCAACAGCCACAUCUUCAACAAACGGUGGACAUACAACAUCAUGGUGGUCGUCCACACCCCAGUCUCAUUCCACACAAACAACAACAACAACACCGCCGUCGUUGCCGUCAACAACAACAGGGUGGUGGUCAACAGCGACCUCCUGGUGGCCAUCAAAUACUACUCUAUCAACACCAUCUACAACAACUGCUUUGUGGUCAACAACUCGAGCACCUACAACAAAUCAAUCUACACAUGGGUGGAACUUCACGACAAGCUCUGUACUCAAUACAUCGACGACGACAAAUCCAGGAAUCUUACCCCCACCUGCUAAUGUCAGCAUUAAGUCCAUACACAUUCUACCCACACUGUCGUAUAGGGAACAACUUGACGGAACUACAAGUGGUGCAAUAACUUACACUCCUUACAUUGUGUUUAAGUGCCACUUCAUUUUAGACGGCAGCUAUUUCUAUUUCAUAGAUUGGUAUGUGAAUGGUGUGGCCUACAAAACGUUUGGACCUUCCAGGAAUUUAGACGAGCUAGUUUUGACAGAUACUUAUUUAGAGAAUGAUAAAAUAUCCCCAGGGAUUGACAUAUAUUGCGGGGUUCGUGUUGCCAGUGAUGAAACUGGUAGGACAACACCGUCUUUCAAUAGUACUGUUUUCUUUGCAGGACUUAAGAUUGUUGGGAACCGGACAAGCCUUUCACAAGACACUGAAGCAAGUGUCCGAUUGAUGUCUACCGUACCGAUUGGCUGCAAGUACAACAGUCAUGCUCCUAACACAGAUUGCUUCUUGGAUCUGCAAAUAUACGAUCCAGCUGGAUACAAAUGCAAUCAAGGAAAUAUUGUGCAGCUGAAAGUCAUGCCAGACAGUCAGUAUUGCGGACAGAAAAUCAAGGGUCUGAAAAGGGGUGACUUCUGGAACAUAUCCGCGAUUUACGAAGUUAAAAUACAAACUGUGGACGAAACUCGAAACGACAAAAGUAGAUAUUCUCUACACAUGCUAACUGCGACAGAUUUCGGACACAGAUGGUUCAGUAACUAUAAGCUUGGCGCCGUCGACGUUGAUGUUCUAAAAGACAAUACAUAUUCAAGAGUAUGUUACUCUCACGUUGAUCCACACAUGAAAACUGCAGAUGGGCAAUACUACGAAAAUCAAGAAGAUGGAGAGUAUCUUUUGUACAAAAAUGUAAAGUAUGGAAUUGAGGUACAAGAGAAGUACAAACGGUGCAAUAAUAACUAUGCUUUGUGCACCUGCGGCAUAGCGAUCAAGGCGGGCGCGGAUGUUUUUUUGAUCAACACCUGUGGCACGGCAGUUUUUACUGGGUUUGUGAGCUGUAGGGACGGUGGAAUUCUAAAGAUCGUCAACCAGGGAACCAGGCAGUUUUACGUGUACACGCCAAUAGGUACGUGGAUUGAUAUUUAUAUGCAUGGGUCCUCGUAUAUAAAUACAAUGAACGUAGAUAUUUAUAUGGCUCCGAAGGAUAAAAAGCAAACGGAGGGCUUGUGCGGUUAUUUCGACGGAAAUAACGCCAAUGAUUUCCGCACACGCAACGGAACGACAAUAUCAGCUUCAUCAUAUCCGUAUGCGUUUACAAGAAGUUGGAGACUCAAAGACGACGAAAACCUCUUUAAAACGGUGCGAUCACCUCUUCGCAAAUGGUCCGAAACCAACGGAAUGUACUGUGUUUGUGACCCGCCCAGUACACGCAAUACAUCCAGAGGGGUGUGUGCUGAAACCCAGUACAUGAGAUGUCCGCGGUACGAGGCCACUACCCAGAAAUACUGCCGGUUCUCGGGGAACAGAAAGAAGAGAUCGACCGUUAUGAAAGAAGAACGCGAAUUACUUCGAUUACUAGCACUAACGAAGCAAUCUAAGGAAGUACAUGACCUUAAAAAGAGAAGCGAGAUGAGCGUUAAUGGAUCAAGUAUAGAUGUGGAGGUGGCGCGCAGGCAUUGCACGGCUGCCAUAAACGGUUCCGUCGCAGUGUCGAACAACGCAGAGUCUUUAGGUGGCGAAAGCCCCGAUGAGGUCAUCAACCAAUGCAUGUUUGAUGUACAGGCUGGCGACGAUCUUUCGCUGGCACAAGUUCACAUAGAUUCACUGAAUGGACUUGUUGAGAAGGAACUCGCUAAGGAUCCAGAAUAUGUUGCUAACAACGCUGAUAAAGUCCAAACAUUCAUUAAAAACUCUUGUCCUUCAAAUUGCAGCGGACAGGGGGUAUGCUCGGAUGAAGGAACCUGCAUUUGUAGCAAGUACACACAUGGUUCAGACUGCAGUAUCGAUGAGAGGGUGGCAUUGAUAAUUGACGACAUAGAGGGUGGAGGUCUCUGCAACUUGACAGAUGGAGACGGAUGCACUUGCUUUUACGUCAGGACCAUGAAUUUACUACAGAACUUUUCAUGUCAGAUAAACACGAAAGUCGGAUUGACAGAUGGUACCAUAUUAGGUAAAACGCCAGUCCAUUUAUCGGGUGAAUAUGACGACAUGUUUACCGGUGUGUGCUGCGUACAAGCAUCUGAAGAUCCAUCAAGGGAAAGACGCUCUGUGGCGGAGAGUCUUUUGUUUUGGAAGAAGUAUGAUAUCGCUAUAAGCAACGAUGGGACAAACUUUGGAAGCCCUGUGUCCAUGAUUGUAUUUGAUUCUGUUUGUCAGGAAGUUUUAGACCUAGGCGAAGUGACAUUAAAGGACGACUUCUGUUUCAUUGACGGGACCUGCGUAGCAUCAUACGGUUCACAUAUCAGUGAUGAAUGCUAUCAAUGUGAGCCGAGCACCAACAAAUACGCCUGGACACAAGUUUGUGAGCCCGAGAAACCGCAAAAUCAGACGGCCGUGAUAAUUGGCGUCGUAGUUAGCUCCGUGUUGGCGGUUGCUUUGAUAAUUAGCGGAAUUGUCAUCUGGAAACUGAAGAUUCAGCCACGGAUGAAAAAAACGAGAUCUGUCAAUGUCAGUCAACAGUUUCAUUCCGAAAACAUGAACUGAAACAGGAAAACACUGUUCGUCGACGAAAAACAUUUGUAUAAUCAUUCCAAAUAUACCAUUUUACUAUUUAUCUGAACCAAUGUAUUUCCACAUAGAAUCUACAACGUGGUAUGGUCUGUUUUUCAGCAUUCCAAGGCGAUGACCCCAGUUUUACAAAUUUAAGCGUUUGUACUUACCAUGAACAACUUCGGUCAAUGGUGCUGAUGCAACUGGAAUUUCAUUUGGUUUAUAAAAGCAUGUUUAACCAGAACAUUGUAUUUACCAUUAAAACGUGGUCUCGACGUUUCUCAAGACUCUUUACACAUAUAAUUGUCAAUACACGUUUGGGCAAAUUAUACACAACGUGAUCAUCUAUUAGAGGCCAAAGAUUAAUGCCGUCAAUACGAAAUUGUGUCAAGAUGUGUUUGAGUUACAAUAAAAUUUCUCUAUACAUUGCAGCAUUACAGCAUUUGUAUUAAUUAUAUUUUUUUUUUAUUUAAAACAAUCUGGCUGUUAUUUCCUGGACAUAUUUUCUUUCUGCAAAACUGAAAACUAACUUACAUGUAUUGAAGCUGACUCAUGAUUUCAUUUUCAGGUUGUACAAAAUACCAAAAUGUCAACAAACGUGUUUGUCUAUUUUUGUGAUAUCUUAUUUUAUCUUUUGAUUGUGUGUUGACUACCUUUUUGUAGUCUAUUCAAUUUUCUUUGGCGUAUCUAACUGUCGAAAAAAUAUUCUUUGAAGAGUAAAAGUUUUAUUUUAUAUUAGGACAAUAAAUAUAACACGAACAUACCCAACGAAAAUAGUAUUUCUUAUCGCUCUUGACAUAAUUUUAUGUAUGGAAGCAUCGGUCCAUUUCACAUUUAAUACACUGUUCAAAAAAUAACAGAGCAAACGCAUGGUACGGAAACUAGUCAACGGUUUCCAAAAUAUUCCUUCUCUCAUACAACGUCCUUAUAUGUACACGUAUCUAAAAUGUAUAUUACAAAUUAAAUUGUAUAAACAAAUGGACCUCAGGUGUUCAAAGCAAUCUUCCAACGAGGUUUCACUCGAUGAAUGUCGAACAAAACAUAUUUUCGUUUAUUAACAACAGGCUUACGACUUAAUGUAAAAAUGGUUUAAAAUAACACGCAAUUUUCAAAUAAUCCAAAAACCAGCAUUUCUUGUAUUCUGACCUACGUAUAAAACACCUUUAUAAUUUCGCAUUUAAAAAAAUGACUGAUGUAAAGUUUUAUUCUUAUUAAUUAAAUACAAGUGAAAUAAAACUAACACACAUUCAGGAUAAAAAUAGGUGAACUGCUUUUAAAUAAAUGUUUAUAAUAAUAUAAUUUAUGAAAAAAACAUGUUAUUUACCAUCAUAUAUUUUUGAAACUAAUGUCUGCAACUGCCAUGUCAUUUUUCCACAAUAAAGCAUCUACCAAUCA